CCUCCACAUCCCUUUACUCCUCAUAUUAAAAUUAUUCAUGCUCCAAACUCAAAAACUGUUUAUGCAAUUUGUAAAUGGUGUGAACAAAAACAUGGUAAAACAUAUGCAAUAGAAAAUACACAAUGUGUUAAUAAAAAAGACAGACUUCGACCACAUUUUCAAAACUGUUUAAAUUUUAAAGCAGCUGUCA